GCCAGGGACAGGAUCGGUCAUAUCAAUUUGAGUUGAUAGCCUUGAGACUACAAUGGCUACCGAACUGAUGAAGCAGCUGGCUGACAAGAAAGACUCUGUGGAGGCUUUCAUGGAGACCCUGGAGAAGGGGGCGGAGCUUGUGGCAGAGACAAUGGGAGAGAUGCUGCCUGUCUUCUCCAUUGCGGCACCUGUGGUGAAACUGGUCCUGGAUAAUGUAGAGAGCAGGGAGGCCGAGUUCAUGAAGGAGCAGUUCCAGAAGCUGCGGGAUCGUCUGGAGGUGGUCUCAGAGGAAAUCCAGCGCAUCAACCAGGAGAUCCAGAAGAGCGGAGCAGAUGCUGCCUACUUCUCUGUGGAGGAGAACCUGAGCAACCAGUUCCGUAAGUUCAUGGACAUCCUCAACGCCAAGCCCAAGUUCCGCGAAGUCAAGACAAAGCUCUUUCUGGAGCACUUUGCCAAGACUGGGGGUGACAAAAACCUGCACACCCUGUAUGCUGCUGUGACAGGGGACAACUUCUCUGGUGAGUCAGUGCUGGAGAUCACACUGAACUAUGAGGAGAAGAGCCGCAGGGCCGUGGAGGACUUCUGCGCCCGGCUGAAGAACCUGUUCUGCUUGGGCCUCAUUGCCCUGGUGGGCCAUGCAGGCCUGAAAGGGACAGAUGAGGAAGAGGAUCUCGUCCGGGACUGGGGCGAGAAGAUGAAGGUGGUUGAGGAAAAGAUGAAGGCAGCGGUGGAGAUCUGUAAGUCUGGCUUUGCCGAGCAGGCUAAGUUUGACAUUGGGAAGCGGCUCAAGGGGUGGACCAGCAAGACUCACACAGAGCUUGCUGACGCCAUCGCAGAGUUCCUGGCGCAGAAAUUUGACUGGGUGUCCUGGGCAGUAAGGGUAUACACUCACACUGAAGGCUGGCUCGGCAACUUGAUAUAUGGUAAAAAGGACCAGGGAAUCUAUGGAGGGAACCACUUUGCCUUUGAGGGACAGCUUCGGGUGGUGGUUUCCUACAGCCUGAACCCCAGCAGUAUAGAUAGGGACAGCCUUCGCAGGCUGAUUGAGGGACAAAGGCGAACAAGGAACAUGGAUAAGCUGGCACUACGGAUUCACAGCGCUCAGCCCCACUGCCUGGUGCACGUUGUCAGCAAGCACAGGGACGUGGCCGAGAAGACCAGCAACUUCCCAGAUGACUUCCGUUAUUACCAACUGUACAGAAAUUCUCAUAUCUAUAUACACUCAGAGUGA